AUGACGACUUUCACCUCUUCAAAGAUCUUCAUUCCAACCAUGAUGAUCAUCUUGUUUCUAACCAAUUACAUCCACUCGGUCAACAUUCAAGUCGAUCUCACUCAACGAAGUGGUCGUGUGAUCAAUCCCGAUAUUUUCGGAGUCAACCAUGCAAGUGCCUCUCAUCUCUCCAGUGUUGCUUACACAGUCAACCGUAAAGGAGGUAAUUCUGAAACUCGUUACAAUUGGGAAAAGGGAAUUCACAACACUGCAAGAGAUUGGUACUACAUGAAUAUUGUUGACGACGUGUCCAAUGUCAAUGCACUUCCAGAAGGAACUGCCGCCACUCGUUUCAUUGAUGAAAGUAACACUUACAAAUCCAAAAUUAUGCUCACAUCCAGCAUGAUUGGUUUCACUCCCAAAGACACACGUCAAAAAUUAUGGUCGUUUUCAGUUUCUAAAUAUGGAGCUCAACAAGAGACAGAAUGCACACAAGGUGACUCUUCUUGGUGUCAACCCGAUGCUGGAAAUGGUGUGAAAACAGAUGGUUCUACAUUUAUUACUGGAAAUAAUCCUUUCGAUACUUCAAAAGUGAUUAAUGAAAGUUAUACCACCAAAUGGAUGAAUUUUUUACAACAACGAGGAACUCCAGUGAAAUUGUGGUCACUCGACAAUGAAAUGGAUUUAUGGCAUUCCACUCAUCGAGAUGUUCAUCCUCAAAAAGUGUCCUACGAUGAAAUUUGGAAUUUGACUCGAAUUUAUGCGUCGGCCAUUAAGCAACAAGAUUCGAGUGUGAAAAUUUUUGGAUAUUCUGCUUGGGGUUGGUGUUCGUAUUAUUUUUCACCUCUCGAUGGAUGUUCGAACGGUGCCGAUCGACAAGCACAUUCGAAUUUACCACUCGUUGCCUUUUAUUUGAAACAAUUGUGUGACUAUGAAAAAUUGCACUCGAAACGACUUGUGGAUUAUUUGGACAUUCAUUACUAUCCACAAGCCGAUGGAGUUUACAAUCCACAACAAACCUCAGAUAUAUUUUCUGCACUUCGAUUGCGUACGGUUCGAUCCUUGUAUGAUUUUUCAUAUCAAGAUGAAUCAUGGAUUUCACAAGCGGCUCCAACUGUAGACGAUCAAAAAGUUGCACUCAUUCCUCGAAUGAAAAAUUACAUUUCACAAUAUUGUCCUUGGGUGAAAUUGGCAAUUACUGAAUAUAAUUUUGGAGCCGAUGGAUUAUGGAGCUCGGCUUUGGCUCAACUUGAAAUUUUAAGUAUUUUUGGAAGAGAAGGAGUGGAUUUGGCAACGAGAUGGACAGUUCCAAAUGUUGGAAGUGUGACAGAGAGAGCUUUUAAAUUUUAUUUGAAUUUUGAUGGAAAGGGAUCAAAAGUUGGAGGAGAAUCUGUUCGUGCCUUGUCAGACGCCACUUUGGAAAUGGUUACUUCGUAUGCUUUUCAUGAAAAUUCGACUCGAAAUUUGUAUUUAAUUGUCGUGAAUAAGAUGACAUCGAGUCAAACGAUUAAUUUGAAUUUGAAAGGAAUGAAUUUUACAUCAACACGAACAUUGAUCAUGUACACGUUUUCACAAAGUCAAAGUCAAAUUGUGAAUGCAAGAAAUAUUACUGCGAAUGUGAAUGGACAAGCAUCUUUUAGCAUGGAAGCAUUGAGUGCUGAACUGAUUGUUGUGACAACUGACAGUACGGGUCCAUCUCCAAAACCAAAUAUUAGUCCUUCACCAAAACCAAGAGCAAGUUCCAAUAAUAACAACAGACAAGGUUCUACAAAAACCAAUCAUGCACCCUCCAAUGCCAAAAUAGGCUUGCUAGAGUGGUCAAUCCUUUUCAUCAUCUUGUUCCACUUGUUACUAUAA